CUCAAAGGAGCUGCACGCACUGCCUUGACACACCGCAUGGGAAUCUUGAGGACUUUUUCCCACUCUUGACUUUCUUUGUGAUUGCUUUUGGACCAUCUGAGGACUCCGAUUCAGGUCCGACUUGGUCCCGGAGUCAGUGGAAAACAGCAAGGAGGAUCAGGACCAGAACCGAGAGCGGGCGCAGGAACGAGACUGAAAGGAUGUCCCGAGCGGAGGAGCGCGAGGAGAUGGACUGUGUUUGCUCAUUUGGGAUGAAGUCCACUUGGGACAUCAAUGACCCCAAGCUUCCUCAGGACACAAAGCAGUUUGAUGCCUUCCAGGAGUGGACCGACGGCUACGUCCGUUACAUCUACAGCGCAGAGGACAAGAACGCUCAGCGCCACCUGUCGGGUUGGGCCAUGAGGAACACCAACAACCACAACUGUCAGAUCCUCAAGAAGUCGUGUUUGGGUGUGGUGGUGUGCUCGCGAGGCUGCACGCUCCCCGACGGUUCCCGACUGCAGCUCCGGCCCGCUAUCUGCGACAAAGCGCGGCAGAAACAGCAGAAGAAAGUGUGUCCAAGCUGCAGUGGGGCUUUGGAACUGCUGCCAUGUCGGGGUCACAGCGGGUACCCGGUCACCAACUUCUGGAGGGUGGACGGGAAGGCCAUCUUCUUCCAGGCCAAAGGGGUCCACGACCAUCCAAGACCAGAGUCCAAAUCUGAGACGGAGGCCAGGAGAAGUUCAGUGAAAAGACGAGUCAACUCACCACCCUUCGCACCAAAAAAGCGACUUAUUGACUCUCAGGCUCUAGGACCUGCCCUUCUCUCCUGUGUGGAAUCGGCAGACAGGAUCUCCUUCAUCGAGCCAACCUUCCCGCAGCAUUACCCAGCAUUCCAAAGUACAGAACCCUACUACAACCACCACAAUGCCCUGGGAGAGACGUCACCCGGCCUGCAAAAAACAGCCAGCCCCAGACUCUACAUGGGCAGGCCCAGCUACGAUUUCCCAGGGUACCUAACCUCACCUUCAUAUCCAGUGACCUCAGAGCUUUGUGAUCCCAGGGUGACUCCAGUCCUUGGCUGUCCAACCUCCUCAGCAUCAGCUCCCCUCUCUUCUUCAUCAUCCUCCUUUGACCCCUCACCAAAAUCGGGCUGGAAAGACCUCCUGAAGAGCUCCACCCCUUACAGUGACAACCACCAUUAUUACAGUACUGACUACCCUUGUCGUUACCCAGGAAACACCCCUGGUUCACCUGCUGCACUGCAGACCAUCAUCACCACCACAACCAAAGUCUCGUAUCAGCCGUGUCCAAAGGGUCCUCCUUACCAGUCGUGUCCCAAACCUCAGGCCGGCCUCCCGGCUUACCAGCCCUGUGCCCCACCAAAACCUCCCGGCCUACCCGGCUGCUCCUCCCUGCUGGACGAGGCCACUCCCUCCUACUCUGCCGAAGUGAAAGUGACAGAGGAGUCGGGGGGAGUCAUCAAGUCUCUCUCAUUUCAGCCGGAAGUUGUGCAGACCAAAACGGAGCGGGCCGAUGCCUACGACUACCGCUAUGGCUACGGCAACACAUUUCGCUAUGACGACUACUGAUGCAGCACUAUCUCCAUUACCAACUGAGGAAGCUCUGAGGACUUGUGACUGAGCACAUUUUUUUGGUGCCCCCACAGGGCAAAAUGUGACAUCAAUGUCAGUCAACAAUGGAAAUUUUAGGGAGGCCAAAAAGAAAGAACUUUAUUGUCACAUCUGAGUUGAGGAUCCAUGCCAAUGUUAACCAAAUGAUGCUAAAUGUGCUUCCUAUGCAAUGCUAGUGUUUAGUGCUGCUUUGGAAGCUAAGUUGGCCUGAUGAUGGUUGGUGUUGGCAUCGAGGGUUGACUGUUUUUGAACAUUUCAUCUUGGAGACGUCCACAAACGUAGCAUUUUGGCUGCCACGCGUGAUCAGGACAAUCACGAUUGACUUCUUUUGAUUUGUUACAUUUCGUUUGUGUUAUUUAUUGAUUGAAGACAGGAAAUGAUCUCAUCUUCUCAGUCAUGAACGCUGUUGUGUUAGCAAUUGUUAAAAUGAGUCGGUCUAUUACAUGUGAGUAAUAAAGUGGUUUGGACAGAA